AUGGCUGGGAACCUAGGACGAGGCUCCGCCACCGGGAAGACGUCGGGCAGCCGGAGGCCAGGGGGGAUCAGCCCCACCCCGGCCAGCCAGAAAGGAGGCACGGCCGGGACAAGGUCCUGCCGCCGGGAGGACGCCGGACAGCCAAGGAUAGGGGGGUCGGGUGGCCGGGCGAGGUGGUGCAUAGGGGAGGGCGGGGGAGGGGGGACGCGCCGCGUCAGGGCACCGCUGGUGAUGACGGCGGGGAGGGACCGCGGCGGCGGCGCCAGAUCUGACGCCGGAGGGGCGCCGCCGGGACGGCCAACCAGGAGGUGCGGGGAGGAGGGAUCACCGGAUCCACCACCAGGAAGAGCGUCGCCGGCCGCUAGGCCGCCGGGAAGGGCGCCGACGAGCCACCCGCAGGCGGGCCACCAGCCGCGGGGCCCCGCGGGAGGAGAGGAGAGCCGCGCCACGGGGGGAAGGCCCCGCCGCCGCCGCCACGACGCGGGCUUCGCUCGGUGGUGGCCUCGGGUGGUGGCGAGGGGAUUAGCUGGAGCAGGGGGGCCGGCGGCGGCGCAGUUGGGGGCUGCCGGCCGUGUCGCCUACCCUAGGCGACGCGGGGGCGAGCGGGAGCAGGAUUGUGACACAGGACAACUACCAAGUUGGACUCCUUUUUAA